GUUUUUUAUGCUGAUCACCGUUUUUGUUCUAAUUCACUUUCUAAAUGAAUCUUUAGAAGUCUGAUCUAUAGAGAUCCAUUAUAAAUAGUAGAAUUAAGAGAUUUUGAUCUGGCCAGUUUGCAGAGCUCAGCAAAUUGCCUUUGUAAAAUAUGUUUUAGAACUAUUAAACAAGUUUUAAUUGAGUUAUAAAAAGUUUACUCUAAAAAAAAAGUUCAAUAUUGAGCUGUACUUGAGAUUAACAUUAUCCUUACUCAAUUAAAACUUGUUUAAUAGUUUUAAAACAUUUCUACAGAGGCAAUUCAAUGCGCUCUGCACUAGCCAGAUCAGAACCUCUUGACCAUGAGUCUCUGUCGAUCAGACUUCUUAGGAUUCAUUCACGAACUCAGUGAAAGCACAAACAGACGGUUUGGACUCAACUGAGAUACAAUCCAUAUUUUAAUCAAAUAUCUCAGCUGAGAAACCAAUAUUUGUGCAAAAAUAUUCGUGUCUCAACUGAGAUACCAUUUUGACACGUGCGUUGAAACGUGCUAUUGUGCAAGAGUGCAGUGUACUAAGAUCUAUUAUGCAAUAGUGAAUGAAUGAAAUUCGGUACAUGAAGUAUGUCUAUUGACUAUCUGAGGAAUUACUCCCACAUUACAUGGUCAAAUGUUGUGUAUUUUCAUGUCCAUGGAUACUACUUCACACGUUAUUUUAUCAUUUUUUAAAACAACUGAACAAGAACACGCAUUAACUGUACAAAUCCAUCUUUCACUUCCAUAUUUAGAAAUUCAUGAAGUCCAUAUUUUAUAAAAUGUAUCUCGGUUGAGAAACAAAUAUUAGUUUCUCAACAGAGAUACUUGAUUAAAAUAUGAAUUGUAUCUCAGUUGAGAAGUUACGAAACCGACAUCAGAUGUGCGGACAGCAACGAGAAUUUCAGCAGAAAAAGUAGCGAUAAAUAGAAAAGCUUUGAGUUAUCUAGACAAAUUUUUCUCGACACUAUCAGACAACUUUUUAUUAAAUUAAACGAUUUGAUGUCUUUCAACAUAUGUUUCACUAAAUCUGAAAUUUAAACAGUUACACAUCAUCAUUCACAUUUAAGAAAAAUGUUUUCUCUUUCAGGAGUAUUUUCAAAGGAGAAGUAUCAUGAUGGGGAUUCAAAACAAACUAUUGAUGGUUCAAAACGACCAGUCUAUAGGGUCAAUAUUACCGAUGAUGAAAUAUCAAAUGAAAAAGCUACACGUAAAGAGAAAUGUCGACAUUGUUUACGUGUAGUAUCGAAAAUAACAUUUAGUCAACUUGGAUUAGGGGGACUUGUUGUUGGCUAUGUGAUAUUGGGCGGUUUAAUAUUUGAUGCUAUCGAGUCACGCCAUGAACUAAAACGUUUAGAAGAAAAAGAACUACAUCGUCAAAGUUUUGUCGAACAAUUAUAUACAUUAGCUUAUAGAGAAUUUAAUCGUGUACUAAAUAAUACGUUUGAAUUAAAAUAUGCGUUAUGGAGAGGAGGAUGGUCAAGACAUGAUGAAAAGAAUGAUGGAUGGCAAAUUGAUGUUGAACCACAUAUUUGGAAAAAACAUGUCGAUGAUGAAUUGUUAAAAUAUUUUCAUGCUGAAGAAAAAAGUCAAUAUCUUGAUGAACAAAAUCAGCAAUCGAAUACAAUACAAGUGUGGACAUUUUCAUCAGCAAUGCUUUAUGCUGCAACUGUUAUAACCACUAUAGGAUACGGAAAUAUCACUCCAAAAACAACUGAAGGAAAAAUUGCUACUAUGAUUUAUGCAAUGAUUGGAAUUCCUUUAAUGUUUAUGUGUUUAACCUAUACUGGUGAUCUUUUAGCUGACGCUUUCAUUAGUGGAUAUUCAAAACUAGUUAAUUUUAUCAUUAAACGUUUAUGUCGUGGAAGAAUAAAGAAAGUAUUACCGUUGAGUUCAAGACGAAGUUUUGAGCAGUCAGACUCUGAUGAUGAAGAAAAACGUCAUGUUCCAAUUGUGGCCACAUUAGCCGUAUUGGCACUGUAUAUUGCAAUGGGAGCAUUAUUGUUUGCACAGUGGGAAAGUUGGCAUGUACUAGACGGUGCUUACUUUUGUUUCAUUACAUUUACAACAAUUGGAUUUGGAGAUUUGGUACCGGGUAAAGGAACGUUAAAUGAGAAUAAAGCUGGUAAAGCGGCAAUGUGUUCGAUAUUUUUACUCUUUGGUAUGAUUGUAAUGGCCAUGAGUUUUAAAUUAAUGCAAGAUGAGAUAAUAUCAAAAUUUCGAGCGAUUGGAAAACGAUUUGGAUUAGUUAAAACACAUAAUGAUCAUGGUUGA